AAGGAAGGAAAACCACCCCUGCUGCUGCCCUGCAGGCAAUGGAGCCGGCUCCUGUCCUCCUCCUCCUGAGCUCGCUGUGGGGCUGCAGCGGGCGCCCCGCUGACAGGCUGGUGGUGACACCGCGGGAGCCGGUGGUGCCGUUUGGGGGCUCAACAGAACUGAACUGCUCCUUGGCCUGCGCAGGGGGCACGGUGGAGUGGAGGGGACUGGAUACUGCCCUGGGGACUAUCACCUCCUUCCCCACCCACAGCAUCCUGCACAUCAGCCAAGCCACUGUGGCCACGGAGGGCAUGAAGAUCUGCCAGGGCAGCUGCCACGGGCGGCACUACCAGCAAACCGUUGAACUGAAGGUCUAUGCCCUCCCAGACACACUGCAGCUGGAGGCAGUGCCUCACACCCUGUGCCCGGGGCACCCCGCCUGCCUGCGCUGCUCGGCCGCGCGCGUGCACCCCGUCACCGGGCUGGCCCUCACCUGGUACCGGGGGCACCAGGCUCUGGAGAACACAGACUUCGAUGCCUCAGAGACCGAUGAGGAGCUGUAUGACAUUGUGUCCACCCUGCCUGUGGGUGGGACAGAGGUGGCAGAAGGGGUGGAGUUCAGGUGCGAGGUGACGCUGCGCGUGGGACAGGAGACCUUCACCCGGGUGGCAUCUGUGGUGGCGAGUGCUGGGGCCACCUCCGUGAGGAGCCCCAGCACAGCUGGGCCCGUGACCACCACAGUGCUGCCCCCAGGGCUGAGUGUCCCCACACAUGAUCCCACCACAGCACGGGAACUUGAUGCUGGGACCACUCUGGAGCUGGCUGCUGCCACCGAACCCUCCUCCACGGAGCGGGCUGUGACACUGGACUUUGUCACAGGCAGUCCCGUGGCUGCUGCCACGCUCUCUGGCUCUGGCACGAUGGGCCCAGGGCCAUCUGUGGGUUCAGUGCCCACCUGCAGCCUGCGGAUCUGGUCGCUGCCCCCCACGGGGACACGGGGCAGGGCCCUGCGCAUCGAGUGCCACGCGCAGUGUGCCGGGAAUGCCACGGUGCACUGGCUGCGGACCCCUGCUGCCCUCUCUCAGUACCGGGAGGAGGCCGUGGGUGGCAGCUCCGUGCUGUGGCUGGACCACGCUGAGCCCUGGCACCAGGGCCACUACCAGUGUGUCCUGCUCGGCCACCUCGCCCAGGGAGUCAGCCUGGAGCUGACGGUUGUGGAUGGUUCGUUCAGCUCCAGCCCCGCCAUUGCUGCAGGGGCAGCGGCCUCACUGCUGGGGUUCAUCGUGACUGCCGUUGUGUCUCGUCGCCUGUGGAAACAUUUCAGAUCUCGGUGGGAGCUGUCCUAGGAGCGGGAGCAGCCCACGGAUGCCCCCACCUCCCCAGCC